GGUGUUUUCAGAUGAAGCUCAUUUUGUUGAGAAAUGGCCUACACAAUGCCUUUCCCAAUCCCAGUGCUUCGAAGUAACCAUUUGGCUAGAGGAACUGAGGAAGUGUCACCAAGUGAAACAAGGAGUUAGAGCAUCAAGCAAAACAUGAGCUAUCCACUGUCAUUCCCCUUGACUCUUUAGGAAGGAUAUAUUUUUGUCGACCCUGAUCAUUUCUUGUGCUGCAUUUGUCCUUGUGCUGCAUUUGUUCGACAAUCCAUUCCUGCAAAUCGCUGGCGCCAAAAAUCUCUUCAAUUUAUAUAAGGAAAGAAGGUAAGCAUAUUUGAAUUCGGAGAUAAAAGAGAAGAUGUGAAGAUGAGUGGGGGAAGACUCUGCGCGUUGCUUUCCGAAUUGGGGUACCAAGGGGCUGACAAAUUAGACCGCGACAGCUUCGAGUGGCCUUUCCAGUAUGAGCAGUUUGUACAAGAAGGAAAGCUAUUGGAGGGCGUAGAUUUGGACUUCGCUUAUGAUAGCAUUUCCGCCUUCUCUUCCAGAAGAGAUGAUCAGGAGGCAGUUUUUGGACCUGAAGAGGGACUUAAGGACGUUAGGUAUGACAUUUCAUCAAUUACAUUUCAUUCUGUAAUGUUCAUUGAUCCAGAUUUUGGUUUCUUCAGCACAUGAUUUUAAAACAUUUCUUCUAUCAAGCUGAGGUUAAGUUAAUUAUGUUUCAUGAUCUGUAGAAUGGUUUACAAUAAUGAUAGGAUUUUGCAAGUUAUGUUUGUUCUUGUGAUACUUUUAAAUUCUCUGAAUGCAUUGAUCCUGCCGUAACUUGUUUAGAGAAGCUGAGGGUAUAAGGGAAAGAAAGAAAAUUAUAGGUAGUGUUGAGAUCUUUUCUGUAUUCUUAGUGUGUAUGUAAUUAGCAUUUAGUUCUUUUCUGUAUUUUUCAGUGUGUAUCUAGCAUAAUGUGUGCAUGUUAUUUGAUCUCAUGAUUGUAGUGAGUCGUGAAUGAAAUUUUUUCUAUUUU